AUGGCGCCGCCCGCCCCGAGCCGAACCCCCUCGGCCGCGGCCCGCCGCUUCCUGCCGGCCCGGAAGCCGCCGCGGCGGAACGCUCGGGCCGCGCCCUCAGCGGGCGGAGCUCCGGGAGGCGCCCGCCUGGGCCCCGCCGCCGCCGAGCGGCCGCCCCGGGCCUGUGCGGCAGGCGAAGGGCCCAGCCAGUCGGCCACGCAGGGCACCGGGGAUACAAGUGCAGCGCACAGGUAUCUUCUGGCACACUUCGGUCUGGACAUCCUGACAGCGAGUUCUCUCGGUUGGUGGUGGCGUGUGUGGGGGAAGCUGGGCCGGUAUCCACCAUGGCCAGGAAAGAUCGUUAAUCCGCCUAAAGAUCUGAAGAAACCUCGUGGAAAAAAGUGCUUCUUUGUGAAGUUUUUUGGAACAGAAGAUCAUGCUUGGAUCAAAGUGGAGCAGCUGAAGCCGUAUCACCCUCACAAAGAGGAAAUGAUAAAGAUUAACAAGGGUAAGCGCUUCCAGCAAGCCGUGGAUGCUGUAGAAGAGUUCCUUAGAAAAACCAAAGGCAAGGAUCAGGCAUCUUCCCAUAACUCCAGUGAAGAGAAGAAUCGACGUAAUUCCAGUGAAGAAAGAGGCAAGCAAUCUGCUGGUGAAGAGAAACGCAAAGCCAGCUUGUCUGAAGGGAAGUUGAAGAAGGGCACAGGGGAAGGAAAAAAGAGGGUUUCUUCUGUAUCAUCAGAGAGAGGAUCAAAGUCACCUUUGAAAAGAGCCCAGGAUCAGAGCCCCCGAAAGCGGGGGCGUCCACCCAAGGAUGAGAAGGACCUCACGAUUCCAGAGUCAAGUACAGUGAAGAGAGUGAUGACUGGAACAGUGGCUGGAUUUAAAUGGCCACCAAGCGUCAGUGAGCCUGUGAAGGACAGUGAUCCGCACUUUCAUCACUUCCUGCUGAGCCAGACAGAGAAGCCAGCUGUGUGCUAUCAAGCCAUCACAAAGAAGCUGAAGGUUUGUGAAGAGGAAACGGGAUCCACCUCCAUCCAGGCAGCAGACAGCACAGCAGUCAAUGGCAGUAUCACGCCCACAGACAAAAAGAUAGGAUUUCUGGGACUUGGUCUGAUGGGAAGCGGCAUUGUCUCCAACUUACUGAAGAUGGGUCACACUGUUACUGUGUGGAACCGGACUGCUGAGAAGUGUGAUUUGUUCAUCCAGGAGGGGGCACGACUGGGAAGAACCCCUGCUGAAGUUGUCUCUACCUGUGACAUCACCUUUGCCUGUGUAUCAGAUCCAAAAGCAGCAAAGGAUCUGGUACUUGGUCCGAGUGGAGUGUUGCAGGGAAUUCGACCAGGGAAGUGUUAUGUGGAUAUGUCUACCGUGGAUGCAGAUACAGUCACAGAGUUGGCCCAGGUGAUAGUGUCCCGGGGUGGUCGCUUUUUGGAAGCACCGGUCUCGGGAAAUCAGCAGCUAUCAAAUGAUGGGAUGCUUGUGAUCCUGGCAGCUGGUGACAGGGGUUUAUAUGAGGACUGCAGUAGCUGUUUCCAAGCAAUGGGGAAGACCUCUUUUUUUCUAGGUGAAGUAGGCAAUGCUGCCAAGAUGAUGCUGAUUGUGAACAUGGUCCAAGGCAGCUUCAUGGCUACGAUAGCAGAAGGACUGACUUUGGCUCAAGUGACUGGUCAGUCCCAACAGACCCUUCUGGAUAUCCUCAAUCAGGGACAACUUGCCAGCAUCUUCCUGGACCAGAAGUGCCAAAAUAUCUUGCAAGGAAACUUUAAACCUGAUUUUUACCUGAAAUACAUACAGAAGGAUCUUAGAUUAGCUAUUGCACUGGGCGAUUCUGUCAACCACCCAACUCCUAUGGCAGCUGCUGCCAAUGAGGUCUAUAAACGAGCAAAAGCAUUGGACCAAUCAGACAACGACAUGUCUGCAGUGUACAGGGCCUACAUCCACUAGGCUGCACCAUUCUUACUGUUAAAUACUAUGAUUAUUGAUUAAUAUUAUUAUGAUACUGGGUUUUAACUCUGGACCAGUCCAUCUCUGUCUCUCCAUUUCCUUUUAUACACAGACUUUGAGAUCUGCCACGGAGGCAGCUGCUGCGGUCAGCCUUCCCCUGGUGGCAGAAGGGGGGGGGGGAGGAGGGGGCUCGGAUUGUUGCAGUCUAAUUAGAAAAUCCAUGCCAUGCACUGAAAGUCGUGGAACAGAACAGUGGCGGCUUGUUCAGAAGCUCUGAGGCAACUCUGCCAGAAAUCUGCUGCUUAGCUGAUUUUAUUUUCCUCUUUGUACGCUUGUCCAAGAUGCUGUUUCUAAUGAUCCCUUUUCUCCUUUGCUAUGAAAUAAUGUGUGUGUUGGACUUUUGCAUCAAGGGGACAGGUGGCAUACAUCCCAUCUACCUGUGAGUAUCUGUAAAGUCCUUGGUCCCAAGUAAGGUGAGGAGCAUUUCUGUUUAUCACCCACUGUUUGAGAACAAAGCACCUCCUGUGGAGGAGAAUGGCAGUUCCAGAAGGUAAUGGGGUUGCAUGCAACACCGUCGAGAUUCUUUUUAAACUUCCACCUCCCCAGUACCCUGAUGGAGGAGUUCUUCCUACUGUUGAGAAGAACAGAUUGCAUCCAUGUCUUCCCCUGCACAGAUAACUCUAGCUUAGGGAACACAAACUGUACUAAAAAUGAGAAUACCAGUGUAAAUGUGGCCUCCUAAAAGGCUAAUCACAGCUGCCUAUCCCACAGACAGCAUGGGAGCUUCACACAGAUUUUCACAGAAAGCUGCAAGAGAAGUAUUUAGCUUAAGGCUAGGCCAGAGGUAUUUUAUUUGGUGAAGGAACAAACCUUGGAGUUGCUUCUGGCCUUAGUUUAUGUUGCUUCACUAUUUGCUUUACUUUUUUAUACCCUAGUAGUCAGUAAUUAGGAAGGCAUCUUGGAUUGUAGCAGUGUCACAAGGAGAGUCUGAAAGGGGUGAGAGGAAUGAUCAGAGAGCCAAGAGAUGGAGGAUCUUGAGUUCCUUUCCAUGCUCUCUCUCUGGCCUUCGUGGUUGUUUUAUCUAUAAGCCUGAUUGCCCAUCUUUCAAGGUGGGUGAUAAUUACCUACCUCACAGGGAUAAUUUGUGUACUGAUUAGUGAUCUUUAUACAUGUCAGAUUCUCCAUACAUGUUCUUAGUGUUACUACUCUGAGUACAACACUAGCACAGCAUGAGAAUUUUCCCUGUACUUGUGACUCUGCUUGUGGCCAGGUAACUUCAAGGACUGGUAAAUAAAGCGGGAGGAUAAGGUUGCUACUGAGCUUUACUUUAAAAAUGUGGGACUUGAACUGCAGAGGCCAAAGCUAAAAAGCAGAGAUGAUCUCAGUAUUGGUAGCAGAGCAGCCCAGAGUCCAAAGGAUGCCUGUCUCUAAAAAUGCACAGGGCAUGGUUGUUUUUUUUUUAUUCUCAGUAUUAGCCUUUUAGGAGGAUUUUUGCAUUUUAGAUUUGAGAGUUAAUAAAAUGCCAGUAAGAAACAUUGGCCAAAAUCGCUUCUCAGUGGCACAAUCUCCUCCCUUGGGUUUGGAUUCUGUAAGGAAAGAAAGCACAUUCAAAUUAGACCGUGUUCUCUUAAAUCCUGAGAUCUGCCCCUCCCACCAUCUUAUUUUUCUAGGAACUUAAUGGCUGUUUAAGGAAACUUUCCUGUGGCUUAGGAUUUCUUACCAAUCCUGCUUUGUGCAACGUGUAUAUGGUUCAGGGGCACCUUAUUAGGAAACAGAAAGCAUCAGAUGCUCGUUAUGAAACAUGACAUCUAACUCCUAAUGUUGUAAAUGUUAUUUUAGUGAAUAUUUCACCUCCUGCUAUCACUGUUAUUUGUAGGCUAAUAUUGUGUUAUGCUUUAUGUCCUGUGGCAAACAUCUCCUCGUAACAGAUCUGUUAGACAUCACUUUGCCCAUUUGUCAGAGCUGUAUGUGAGCAGUAUUAGUUACACAUCUGUAUUUGUCAGUACAACUGUCAUGCCACAUGUAGAUACACAUAUUAAAGGCACAUAUAACUACCCAGGAUAACCAGCCAUUAGCCUGCUCUUGCUUUCCCUCAUCCAGAAAAACUCAGCAAUUAGCACCAGAAGUCCUUGAUUAAACAUGCUGCAGUUAAGAAAUCACAUUAUGAAUUACAUAUUGAGGGCAUCUGGGAGAAGUUGUGUUCUGGGGACAGGAGAUAAGACCAGAGGUCUUGUAAGAUGUGUUUUGGAAGGAAGAGGGGAAGGGAGGUACUGUCCCAUGCUCUACUGAGAGUGGAACAGUUCCAGCUCAGUGCAGCAAAGUCUCUUGGACUAGAUUGAAGGUGAAUGGGUCUGAGCCAGUGUAAUCAAGGAUCUCCCUCUUCUUUGCUUUGUGGUGCCUCUGGAAGCUGUGGGAAUACAAAAGGAGCUCUCAAGUCUCAUGACACAUAUUUCAUAGUGAAUUCAAAGAACCAUACUUACGGAAGGGUCCCUAGGCAUCUCAGUGCUGCAGGUCUUGUUUUCCAGAAGUACUGCACUUCUCAAAGUGGAUAUCGCUCUUUCUGUGGGAGUUGCAGGUGCAGACUGGUUGAACACUGUAACUUUUCCUGGAAAAGCCUGACUGCAGCUUUCUGCCUGGAUAGGUACAUGGGUGGAGGGUGCAGUGCUGCCCAGCCAGCUCUGUGGUCACAGGGAGGCCAGAGACAGAGCUGAAGUAGAUGUGAAAUGAGGAGGAAGGAUGGAAAUGGUGGAAACUGGACUGUUUCAGAUGCUGUCUGAGGUUGACUUGUGAUAGUCUCACUUGGAUUCUUCUAUUUAUAUCUGUAGCCUCUGAACAUGGAUCUUACUCUGUUCCUAGGCCUGAUGUUUGGGGGAGGGAAGGGGUGGGGGGGGAAAGGUGUGGAUUGAGAGAUGCUCUAAUAAAACUGGCUAGUCAAUGUUGUCUUAAUAUUGUUGACAAUUCUGUAAAGUUCCUUUUUAUGAAGAUUUCUGUUUUAGCCAUUUGCUUUUCUGACUCCCUCCUUUUUAAAGAGAAAAUGUGACACUUGUGAAAAGCUUGUAAGAAAAGCCGUUUCUUUUCCUCAAUGAUAGAACCUAUAGUUAAUUAAGGUUGUGAAUUUUUAAUUUUUGCCUUGUUUUUAAUUAACAUUUGUCAUUCAGAAUAGGAUGUGUGAAAAUGUUUAAAUG